AUGAAUUGGACUUUUCGUGACCAAAAAGGUUGGUCUCGAAUGCAUUGUUGCUUUCGGAAUGGAUUCCAAGCAAGGCGUCAAGAAGGCACUCUCGACGAGGUCUACUUCAAUCUGGAACACUACGUCCAUCGUGGUGGCAGGCCUCUUGAUUCCACCCUACCCACCGCCCAUGCCUUCGUUAGCACCACGCUUAACACCGCUUGGCAUCCCAGCCUCAACAUUGAGACUAAAAUUGAGGUAUAUCGAUACGAGAUAUAUGCUCCCGGUGGCAUUUGGGUCGCUGAGACUCAUGGUGAUCGUUACCAGUACGCUGCCCGAGACGGGGUCUGCUUUGUUGCUGGGAUCGCCCCUCAAUACAUCCGGUCUGCCCAACUCUUCAGGCUUAUUGCUAGCACGAGGUAUACAAGACUGGAGAAAAUAGAUAACGUAAUAAGAAUAAAUGGGAAAUUCAACCCACAAUCGCAUCCAUCAAGGUUGCUCAACAUUCGGAGGCCAAUAUUUGAUUGCUUAGAUGCAAAUUGUGGGAGGGUGCCUCUAACCAUUAGUAUUUACCAACCCAGUGCCAUCUCCGUCUCCGAGCAAGAGAAACAACAACAACAGGAAGUGUCCAUCGACUGUGACUUUGACUGUGACACCACCCAUUGGUAUGCUGGCAAUGUAGCUAACUCUGAGAGCUACAUGAAUGCUGCAUUUCGUUCAUCUCGUACAAAUGAAGCCUAUAUAUUCAUGCAGGAUGAGUGUGUGUUACUGGAAUAUGCACCAAGCUCGACAUAUGAGAAGGUGUUGCAUGGACCGGUUCUUUUCUGCCAUGGGUAUCCAUCCCUCACAGGCACAGCCUUUGCAGAACAUGGAAUAGACUGUGCUUUCGGGUCUCAUAAUGAGAAUGAAGCGUCCAUCUUCUCCGGGAAUCUCUGUGCACAGAUUAACUACACACCAGGCACCACCAAUGACAAUAUAAUCAAAGGCCCGAUGACCAUUACUGCAAUGUUCCCCUCCUUCAAAGGGACAGUCUUUGAAAGCGGUGUAGACGCCGCGUUUGAGUCAACUAAAAGGUAUGAAGCUUACCUCUUCAAAGAAAACCAGUAUGCUUAUAUAAACUACAGUUCUGAUUCCCACCUCUUUGUCACCACUCAAGGCUUUCCUAGUUUGAAAAACACCAUCUUUGAAAAUGGAAUUGAUGCAGCGCUGGCUUUGCACAGGACUGAUGAGGCAUAUCUAUUCAAAGGGGAUUCCUAUGCACGCAUCAACUUUGCUCCCGGCACCACAAAUGACUACAUAAUGGUUGGCGUGAAGAAAUUUUUUCCCAAUUUGCCCUCUUUACAUUGCAUCUUGCCUCGCAAAAACCAUGGUCUUGAAGUUCAUGAUCACACUAAACCUGAUGAUGAUCGUGACCAUGAUGAACUCUAA